CAACUUCUAGAAUGUCAACAGUCUUCACAUUCUGGAAAAAAAUGGUCUUCGUCAAUGGCGUACAAGCCAUAGCCGUUAUCUCUUCAUUCCUCCAACAACAAAUGCAUCGGACCCUCUUGUCAUCAAGAAUCAAUUAGUAAUUUGAAGAUUUUGCAUGUCUGUUUGUUGUGUCGGGUGUUUUGUAGGCUUAGGUUGCCUCCGGUGGGGUUGGAAGCGAUGCACACAUACAGGUGCCGACGACAGUGAUUCCUGGCCACCAGCCACCGCCGAUGAGUUCGAGCCUGUUCCCCAUCUAUGCCGCCUCACCCUCGCCGUCUACGAGGAAGACCUCCACAACCCUCAAUUCCCUCCCCUUGGUGGAUACCGAUUAAACCCUGAUUUGGUAGUGAAACGUGUUACCUACGAACAAACCCUCGGCCACGCGCCACCAUACCUCAUCUACCUAGACCACACACGCCGGGAAAUCGUAAUGGCUAUUAGAGGGCUGAAUUUGAAGAAGGAAAGUGAUUACGAAAUGUUAUGGGACAAUCGAUUAGGGAAGCAUAUGUUCGAUGGUGGGUAUGUACACCAUGGGUUGCUGAAAUCGGCUGUUUGGUUGCUGAAUCAAGAGUCGGAGGAGUUACAGCGGUUGUGGGUGGAGAAUGGGUCUUGUUACAAGAUGGUGUUCGUGGGUCAUUCUUUAGGAGCUGGUGUGGCGACAUUGUUGACAGUGAUGGUGGUGAAUCAUAGGGAUAUGCUUGGUGGGAUAGCUAGAGAGUUAAUAAAGUGUUAUGCGAUUGCACCUACAAGGUGUUUGUCGCUUAAUCUUGCUCUUAAGUAUGCUGAUGUGAUCUACUCCAUCGUGUUGCAGGAUGAUUUCUUACCACGGACGUCCACCCCACUUGAAGAUAUAUUCGAAUCAAUUUUUUGGCCUUCAUGCUUUCGACAGUUUGCCUUGUUUGCUAUUGAUGGUUUGCAUGAAGGACACAUUUGUAAGUGAAGAGAAGAAGCUUUCUGAUCCUAGAAGACUUUAUGCACCAGGUAGAAUGUACCACAUUGUCGAGAGAAAGUUUUGCAGAUGUGGAAGAUACCCUCCUGAAGUCCGAACAGCAAUUCCUGUUGAUGGUAGAUUCGAACAUAUUAUCCUUUCAUGCAAUGCUACAUCUGAUCAUGCAAUCAUUUGGAUUGAAAGAGAAGCACAAAAGGCUUUAGAGUUAUUAAAGGAAAAGAGUUGUGAACACGUUACAACACCACCAAAGGUGCAAAAAUUUGAUAGGUUACAAUCCAUUGAAAAAGAACACAAAGAUGCGUUACAAAGAGCAGUUAGCCUCAAAAUACCUCAUGCAAUUAGGAUCAUGACCAUAAAUGAUGAGGAGAAAGAGCCCUUAACGAAAACAUCUCAAGAACUUCAUGAUGAUUUGCCUGAAGAGGACCUAAAAAAUAGAGUCAAUUGGAAUGAUUUAGUUGAAAAACUGUUGAGGCCACCGAUCAACGGAAAGUAAAUUAUGUGUAUAGAAUAUUAGAUUCGUUUUGUAUAGUUUUGUUGGAUGAUUCUUGUACAAUGGUUAUUCUUUGAUUUAAAUACGCAUUCAUUAUUUUUUUUAAUUUGGGAAGAG